GGGUGGACAGAGGUCAUCGCCCAAGGCUUCUAAGCAAGGCACCAUGGAGUUUCCCUCCGCGUACCCUUUCGCAGCUGCCUACGCUCAUGACAACAGGUCUGUCCUCGACCUUUACCCAGACCUGCCCAUGUUCCAGGCCCUGUUCAAUGACACCCUCAACGGCUCCUGCCUCUUCAACGACACCGGCUGCAACGGCACGACCCCGGCGAACCCCCAGGGGCCCAUAUCGGGGGUGCUCAUUCCGCUAAUCUACAUCGUGGUGUGCAUCAUUGGCCUAGGGGGCAACACGCUGGUCAUCCACAUCGUGCUGCACUACUCCAAAACGGAGUCGGUCACCAACAUCUACAUCCUGAACCUGGCCAUCGCCGACGAGCUCUUCAUGCUGGGCCUGCCCUUCCUGGCCGUGCAGGGCGCAAUGCACUCCUGGCCCUUCGGCUCGCUCAUGUGCCGCCUGGUGAUGACGGUGGACGCCAUCAACCAGUUCACCAGCAUCUUCUGCCUGACGGUGAUGAGCGUCGACCGCUACCUGGCCGUGGUGCACCCCAUCCGCUCGUCCAAGUGGCGCCGGCCGCAGGUGGCCAAGGUGGUCAACGCCACCGUGUGGCUGCUCUCCUUCACGGUGGUGCUGCCUGUGGUGGUGUUUGCCGGCGUGCACCACGGCCACUGCAACAUCAUCUGGCCGCAACCGGAGAGCGUGUGGCGGGCGGCCUUCAUCAUCUUCACCUCCAUCGUGGGCUUCUUCCUCCCGCUGCUGGUCAUCUGCCUGUGCUACCUGCUCAUCGUCUUCAAGAUCCGCAGCUCGGGCAAGAAGGUGCACGCCACGUCCACCAAGCGCCGCAAGUCCGAGCGCAAGGUGACGCGCAUGGUGGUGAUCGUGGUGGCCGUCUUCGUGCUCUGCUGGCUGCCCUUCUACGCGCUCAACAUCCUCAACCUGAUGGUGCAGCUGCCCGACGAGCCCAAGGGCCUCUACUACUUCGUGGUGGUGCUGCUGUACACCAACAGCUGCGCCAACCCCAUCAUCUACGGCUUCAUGUCCGACAACUUCAAGAGGGGCUUCCGGAAGGCCCUGUGCCGAUCAUCGCGCCGCGUGGACAACCACGACACCACAGACCAGCACCGCCGCCAGCUGCAGGGGGAGCAGCAGCACCAGCAGCAGCAGCAGCAGCAGGAGCAGCAGGAGGAGCAGGAGGAGCUGCAGCGGCGGCGCCACAUGCUCAAGCCACGGGAGAGCCUGCGGAGGGGUGUGAGGGGCCACCAGGAGGAGGAGGAGGAGGACGAUGACGAAGAUCAGGAGGAGGUGACGGAGAUGACGGAGAUCUGUAAGAUCACCCAGAACGGAAACGGCAAUGUCAGCCGACAGCAGGCCGAGACCUCUUGUGCCCUGCUCUCCGACAAGGUAGCAGCCACAGAGUUGUCGCACGAGUUUGUGUCUCCGGACGGGAGGGGGAUGGCGGCAGGAGACGGCGGCCCGGGGAAAGCCCCAGGCUUUGGGCCUCCGGUGGCCAUGCCGUCCUUACUUCAUGGAGCUAAAAACGGAAGUGUCAAACCACUCCCAGAGGAGCCAGUAGAGAAGAACACGCUUCUGGAGAUCAGCUACUUGUAGUGUGAAAACAGGCUACCGCCUUUCUUUCACUUGAAAUAGAUUUACAGUAUUAUUGAUUUAACUCCUCCUCAGCAGACUUGCAG